UUGUGUCUUUUUAUGUUGGAGGAGACUCACACUCAUUGGAGAGAUUAAGAGAUCAUCAAGAAAGAAAAUGCCAUGUUCCAAAGAAGAAGCUCUUCAGAGGCUCUUCUAUAACAUCUCCAGCUCCUUCCAACUCCUCUUCUUCUUCGUCUUUGUCUCUUCAACUUUGCUAUCCAAGCUUUUCCACUUCUUUGCAAACAUAUCCUGGUUUCAAAGGAAUCAAGCUGAACAUGAGGAUUGCUUCUCCGAGGAGGAUGUUGAAGAAGAAGACGAAGAAGAAGAAGAAGAAGAAGAGAUUCAAGAACACUAUGAGCAGAGCAGGUAUUACCAAGUGGGCACCAGGGAAAAUGACUUGGUGGCUAACAUUAUUCAUGGUGGAGAGGGUCUGCUGUUCUACCAUAAUGGUGUCAAUAGCCCAAAAAGACGUAAGACUCUUCUCAUGGAAGAAGAAGGAGGAGGAGGAGGAGAGACUGAUCACGAGGAGCAAUUAGUUCAUGAAGAGACUGAUGAUAGCAACACCACCCAUGAGCUGGUCUCUGCUCAAGACUCGUCCAUUGGCCAUCAUGAUUGGGAAAGUGAAGUGGAAGAAGAUGUUGUUGAAGAGGAGGUUCCAACCGCCGAUUCUCUUCGGGAUUCCGGUCCAACCGAUGAUGUUGGACUGACUUCCCGAACAGACGCGGACCGACACAAGAAUGACAUGGCCCAUGAUGUUGGAAAACACGAAGAUUGCUAUGACCAAGAAUAUUGGAAGAAGGAAGAGAGGACUGAUCAUUUCUCAGGAAAUAAAGGGAAGCAGAAUGCUUUUGUGCAACCCCAGUUGGAAUUGGAGAAUAGAAGGUCUCAAAUCAUGAUAGAGAAGGACGGCGACGAGGAGAUUUUUGGCGACUCGUGCACUGUCGGGUCUACUUCAAAGAGCUCCUCUGAAUGGAGGAGCUCCAUAAACUGCAGAGAUUCGGGGACCGAAGACCCGUUCUCUUCCUCGUCGCGGCGAAGUUGUCCGAAAUGGGAAUCCUACACCGUUUUUCAGAAAUACGAUGAGGAGAUGAUGUUUCUAGACAGAAUCACUGCGCAAAAGCUUCACGAAACUGAGUCAUUGAGGUCAAUCAAAGUGUGUCCUAGAUCAAUAUCAGAGAGGAUUGUCCACAAAAUCGCAACCAUAAACAAGAAGCCGCCAGAUAUCCGACAGAACCCAUAUCGAGAACUGGAGGCAGCAUAUGCAGCUCAGAUUUGCUUGACAUGGGAAGCUCUAAAUUGGAACUACAAGAACUUCCAGAGCAAGCGGGUCGCUCGCCAUGACUUCGAUCCCGGAUGUCCUGCUCAUAUUGCGCAACAAUUUCAGCAAUUCCAAGUUCUCUUGCAACGCUACGUAGAGAACGAGCCUUAUGAGCAGGGCCGGCGACCCGAAGUCUAUGCUCGGAUGAGGCUUUUGGCGCCAAAACUACUUCAAGUGCCGGAAUACCGAGAUUCUGAAGAUGAUCAAAUUAAGGAGGAUGGUUUCCGGUCGAGGAUUUCGUCGGGGGCAUUCCUCAUGAUAAUGGAAGACUGUAUCCAGACGUUCAUGAAUUUUCUCAAGGCCGAUAAGGCCGGACCCUGCCAAGUAUUAGCGGCCUUCUUCAAGAGGCACAGAAGAAGCUCCGUUGAUGCUGCACUUCUUACCCUCAUGAAGAAAGUCAAUAACAAAAAGAAGAUGAAGCUCAAUGAUCUUCGCCGGACGCGGAAAUGCAUGAGGAAGAGGAAGCUCAGCGUGGAUGAGGAGAUGGAGAUACUGAUGGGCCUGAUAGACCUGAAGGUGGUGUCUAGGGUUUUGAGGAUGAGUGACUUGGGUGAAGAGCAGCGUCAUUGGUGUGAAGAGAAGAUGAGCAAAGUUAGGGUUUCGCAAGGGAAGCUGCAAAGGGAUUCUUCACCACUUUUCUUCCCAUCACAUUAGCCCCACCAUUGACUUUUCUAACACAUAUUAAUUAUUAUUGCUUUGAUGACUGGGUGAUGGAGAUGCAUGAGUGUGCACGAAAGUGAAUAUCCCUAGACACCCUUUUGUAAAUACUUGCAAAGGAAGGAAAAGAAGAAGAAAUAAAGAAGAUCACAAUGGGAGUGGGACCUGCAAAAUCAAAGUGAUUACACAUGGGUGACAAGGAAUUCUGGAGAGACAUGGAAUCUAAGAAGGGAAGCGUGAUUUAAAGCUGGUUUGGUGAUAGGAUCAUAUGAAUAUUGAAAGUGAAAGGCCAAAGGCAAAGCAAGGAACAUGUAAGAUAGAGACAAGAGUGGCUUUAGCUUUUCAAAUUAGGGUGAUUUUACCUUUGGGGGAUGGAAUUAAAAAGCAAAGAGGUGUACAAACCAAAGCUGCAAGAUUUGGAGUGGGAAUUGCAUAAAAAAGUUGGGGGGGUCAUCACAUGGGAAGCGUCAAAAAGGGAAUAAAUCAAAGUUGUGUGGACUGGCAAAGAAGACCCCCACUUUGAUUUGGGGGAGAUAGAAAAUAAAAAUGCAAUAAAUCAACAAUAAAGAUGGCUAUGGACAGGAUGACAUUUCAUGAUUCAUGGAAAAAGUGCAAAAAAAAAAGGAAAAGGAAAAAAAAAGUUCUUGGAGUUGGGUCAUGAUGAGAUGUCUCACUAGCUUGGAUUCGUUGACCGAUAAAAAGGAAAUUCAUUUACUAAGUGCUAGAGCAGUCUUACUUUAUGUCAAA